AUGGAACGUCCAUAUUUUUCUAAAACCCACACUAAUCUGGAUAGAACUAAUACACGUCCUACUGGACCUGCUAGAUAUAUCUCUCCAUCUCGUUCGGGUUAUCUCUAUCCUUCUUCGAAAACAUUAUUAAAUAGAAAUAAAAGAAACAACGUUCCAAGAUAUUGGAAUCGUCAGUACACGCAACGAUACGAACCUUUACAACUGAACAAUAUACAUUUCCAACAUGCGAUGACUGAUUCUGUUGCGCUGUGUCCUGUUAUAUAUGAAAACUCUACUAGAGUUGUCCAAUCAGUUAAGACGGCUGAAUAUCUGGUUGUUUCACCAGAAUUCAACAAAAUUGCUGCAAAAUCUACAUUUGCUCCACCAUCGCCACUGCCACCCAUUUCUGCUGUGGAAUCUAACUUUACAACUCCACCUCCUUCACCAAAGAUCCAUAAUUCAACAAAACGUGAUAUUCAAGAAUCGCCAUCUUCAAAUGAAAUUGAAACAAAGAGAAGAAAAUUUGAAUCAAAGUCAAAACAUCCUCCCAAACGUAAAAGCUGCUUGAAAAAACCAUCAUAUGGUGAGAAAAAGAAACAAGUACGUUUUAUUUAUGGUUAUGUUGGUUCAAUGAGAGUCUUUCAUGAAGAUGAUAUCGUUGGAAAUGGAAACCCAUUCUAA